CGACGCGACGCAAAUUAUAGUUGGAGCAACAAGCCGACCACGCUCCAUAACAACAACAAGCGACGCGACAGUAGGUUCAAGACAGAGCUCCAAUGCAGACGUUCCGCAGCAGCAGCAACGGCAACGGUAACUGCAACUGCAUUUGACGGCAGGGUAGGAUCUCUGGAACAUAAUCGAAGGAAAGGAAAACAAAAUUCAACCAUCCAGCAUCAUGCAUCCAGUUAAUCAAAAGGAGAGUCCCAGCCGGGAUUCCACUGCCUCCACAUCGGGACACAUAUCUAUGCUAGCAGACAGCACACUGGAAUCCCUCUCCCGUGACUACAGCCUGGGCAGCCUGAACUCCGCCGGCAGCCAGGACGAGUUCUUCCGUUGCCGGGAACACGCCGACAACAUCCUUAAGCGUAUGCAGCUGUACGUGGACAGCCAGCAGCUGUGCGAUGUCACCCUAAUCGCUGGGAUCGAUGGGAAGCGAGUGCCCGCCCAUCGCCUGGUGCUAUCGGCUUCCAGUGCCUACUUCUCGGCGAUGUUCACGGGCUCACUGCGCGAGACCAAGGAGCCGGAGGUGACGCUCGGCGAAGUGCCAGGCGACGCCCUGCAUCUUCUGGUGCAAUACUGCUACACGGGAUUCAUCGAGCUGCGCGAGGACACCGUGGAGACGCUGCUGGCGACUGCCUGCCUGCUACAGCUCACCUCGGUGGUGACUGCCUGCUGCAACUUCCUGGCCAGGCAGCUGCACCCCUCCAACUGUUUGGGAUUCGCUUUCUUCGCCGAGCAGCAGAGCUGCACGACGUUGCUGCGCCUGGCCCAGUCUUACACGUGCCAGUACUUCAUGCAGGUGUGCCAGAACCAAGAGUUCUUUCAAUUGAACGCCGACCAGCUGGGCAAGCUGCUCUGCAGCGAUGAUCUCAAUGUGCCCUCCGAACAGGACGUCUUUCACAGCCUCAUGUCAUGGGUGCGGCACGACUCCCCCAGCCGGGACCAGCACAUACCCGAGCUGCUGGCCCUCGUCCGACUGCCGCUGUUGCAGCCGGCCUUCAUCAUGGACCACGUGGAGAACGUUUGCAAUGCCAACGAGUGCCAGCAGCUGGUAAUGGAAGCCUUCAAGUGGCACCUAAUGCCCGAGCGUCGCUCCCGCAUUGCCACCGAGCGCACUACGCCCCGAAAGUCAACAGUUGGCCGACUCCUAGCUGUCGGCGGCAUGGAUGCCCACAAGGGAGCGAUCAGCAUCGAGAGCUACUGCCCCCGCCUGGACAAGUGGACUCCAUUUAAGCACAUGACUGGACGUCGUCUACAGUUCGGGGCCGCUGUAAUGGAGGACAAGCUUAUCUUGGUGGGCGGACGUGACGGCCUGAAGACCCUCAACACUGUGGAGAGCCUCGACCUGAAUACCAUGUCCUGGGUCCCGUUAAAUCCCAUGGCCACGCCACGCCACGGUCUGGGUGUGGCUGUGCUCGAGGGUCCGCUCUAUGCUGUCGGCGGUCAUGAUGGCUGGAGCUACCUAAACACAGUCGAGCGGUGGGAUCCAAUAGCUCGUACCUGGAGCUAUGUCUCGCCCAUGUCUUCGAUGCGUUCCACCGCCGGCGUGGCAGUGCUAAGUGGCCGCCUUUAUGCGGUGGGCGGGCGUGAUGGUUCCGUCUGCCAUCGCUCCAUAGAGUGCUACGAUCCGCACACCAACAAAUGGAGCCUGCUGGCGCCUAUGAAUCGGCGUCGCGGUGGUGUGGGCGUGACGGUGGCAAAUGGUUUCCUUUAUGCAUUGGGCGGGCACGAUUGCCCCGCCAGCAACCCCAUGGUCUGUCGCACUGAAACUGUGGAACGCUAUGAUCCAGCUACCGAUACCUGGACUCUGAUUUGCUCGCUGGCCCUGGGAAGGGACGCAAUUGGUUGUGCUCUGCUUGGUGACCGACUGAUUGUCGUUGGCGGCUACGAUGGCAAUACUGCGCUGAAGAGCGUUGAGGAAUACGACCCGGUUCGCAAUGGCUGGAACGAGCUGACCCCCAUGUCGUUUGCCCGGGCUGGCGCCUGUGUCGUGGCCAUUCCCAAUGUCAUACCGCCGGCGGCCCAGCAGCCGCCCCCCAGUGCCACAAAAAAGAAGAAGUGGAAGCCAGUGAGAUUGGAUCCAAUCUGCUAUAGGCGUCCUAGAUCCGUCGAGUUUGUCGACUACUAUAACAUGUAAAGCAAAGAAAGCCGAAAAACUAUAAACAUUUAAGCAAAGCAAUGCUACGAAAACAGAAACAAGCAAGGAAGAGAAAUUCAAAUAUUACGUAUUAUUUUAUAUUUACACAUAUAUAUAUUUUUACACAAAACAUACACUAUGCAUAAAUGUAUAAACUGAAUAUGUAUUUUUUGUAAUAAAUCGUAUAGUACAUACAUAUGUACAUACAUAUACC